GUGUGUUGAAGGUCAACUGGUGUGUUGAAGGCUGACGUGUGUACUACAGCCGUGUUGCAGUCAUGUCCAACAGUACCAUCCAGUGGCCAAUAAAGCAGAUGAUUCAGAAUGGCAAUGACAGGAGCAACGCCCUGCGGAUCAUCCACCUGAACUUCCCCACCAAGUCUCUCCGCUCCUCCAUCCUUCUGUUACUGGUGCUGGCCGCACUCGUCAUCUAUCACGUGCUCAUGCACGUCUUUAAACUGAUCAUGGAGGUGCGGAGAAUGGCCCUGGAGCUGAGCCAACCCUUGAGCCAGAGCCGCUCCGUCAAGAACUUGGAGGCCCAGCACGGCACGUCUUCCCCAGAGUACUCCGGUGAAUACAAGAACUCGGACCAGCCGAGUCAAACGGCCAUUGGCUAAUCUGGUCAUGUGACCGGCGUGUGUGGGAUAGCUAAGUCACGUGGUCAGCACAGUCCAGCAGCUAUUGGCCAGCCAAGUCAGGUGACCAGCACAGUCCAGCAGCCAUUUGUUAUGACCCCAGUCAUCCAGAAAGCAGACAUACAAUCCACCCCUGUAUUUCCCUGAUGUGACGUGGAGAGAGCGAUGAUGAAGAUACCCAGCCCCAACCUAACCUGCCUUCCCCCCCCCCCCCCACCUGACGCGACCCCACCCUCCGUCCAUCGUUACAAUCUUGUGUGGCCUUGUUUUGUGCUAGUCUAGGGAGAGGAAUCUGCACAUCAUGUGUCCGUAAGUGCGU